UAGAUCUAGAUAGAUUGGUCGAAUGUCAAAAAUGCAUUUCUGACAUAUUUCGACAAAUAAAGCAAAUAAUAUUUAUUUUUUAAUACACCAAUUUACUGUGCAAUCAUCAAAAUGGACGAUGAAGAAGAAGCUCCAGAAAGACAAGAAUUCACACACGUGGAAAUAGAAGAGUUCAAUCAAGCGUUCAAUCUAUUCGAUCGAGACGAUGACGGAUUGAUUAACUAUAAAGAAUUCAGCACGAUAAUGCGAGCUUUCGGCCAGCAAUACGAAGAUUUGGACCUCAGCGAUAUGUUCACCGAGGCCGACGAAGCCGAUUCUGGAUUGAUAAAUUUCGAUCAAUUCGUGAAAAUAUUGGAACAAUAUUAUAAAGAGGAUUUCUCGGAAGAAGAUCUUCUCAAAGCGUUCAAGGCUUUUGACAAAGAAGGAGCUGGAUUCAUCGAGAGGAUGGAUUUGAAGGAUAUUAUGCUUCAUUACGGUGAUAAAAUGAAUGAAGAUGAUUUUACUGAUUUUAUGGGAACAGCUGACGUAAAUGGCGAUGGAAUUAUUAAAUAUGAAUGGUUAACCAACACGAUCUUCACCUUCUUGAUAGAAUAAAUAUUUACAAAAAAAAUUAUCUUUACAUUAUUUAGCUCGUUUUUAUCUACACGAAAUCUGUGGACCGGUAGAAUUAACUUUUAAAAUCAUAUUUCGUUCUGCAUGCGAUUAUUCGAUACCCAUGAUUCCUUUAUAUAAUGAUGAAUGACGUAGUAAAAUAUUGGAAAUAAAUUUUGGUCGAUUUUUGUCGUU